GUCUCCCCUUUAUUCUCGUAUUAGCGGUCGCUGAUCCCGGCGAGGCUGCGGUGGGCUACUAGUAAGCACAGCCUAAACUACUACGCGUAUAUAGUAUUAUUUCCACUCUCCAAGAAUCUGCCACAUAUAAAGACCUGGACGAUCCGGUUCAAUUUUACAGGUGAUACAUUCAGUCUUACCUAACGGGCUGUUAUACACAAUGCAUCUAAUUGCUGCUACACUCUUUCUUGCGGCCGCCCAGGCCCUUCUUGUUCCCCGUGCACCUGGGCCCUAUUCCGUCGCGGUUGAGCACUUUGAGCUUAUUGACAAGAGUCGUAUUGAUCGAUUUGCAUCAACCCCUAAUACGCCGCGCCGCUUCAUGGCAUCGGCGUAUCUUCCCAUUUCCCGCGACCAUCAAUGCCAGACGUAUACUGCUCCAUACGCGCCGGUACUCACUACGAAAGUGUACGAUACACUACUUCCGGGGUUUGGUCUUCCGGCAGGCUUUCUUGAGCAGUUUGAAAUGGAAUAUUGCAACGCGUCGACUAUCUUGCCACAAGAGCAUACUGAAAUGAAAGAAUUCCCUAUCGCUAUUUUUGGGCCGGGCCUUUCGUUGUCGAGACUGGCGUACGGUGCAAUGGCGCGGUCGCUCGCAAGCCUGGGCUACAUCAUUCUCACUGUUGAUUGCCCAUACGACGCCGUUUUUGUCGAGUUCCCCGACGGAAGCAAUAUCACAAUGUCCAAUCCUGAGCUUGGCAAGGAGCCGCUCCGUGAUGAGGGCCUAGCGACCCGUGCCGACGACAUAACAUUCCUAAUGACUCAACUCACCAAUGCUACCUUCACAUCCUCUGUCUUUGGUAACUUCCCUGGUACAUUUGAUCCUCAGCGCAUUGCUUUGUAUGGCCAUUCAUUUGGCGGUGCGGCGGCUGCAGCUGUGCUCCAGCGAGAUGCUAGGGCUAUCGGUGGCGCUGACCUCGAUGGCAACGUUUACGGAGACGCACUUAACAAGGGCUUCAAAGAUAAGCCGUUUUUGCUUGUGUCUAGUGAGGGUAUAGCAAGCUCAGGUGUCCUCAAUUGGGCGGACUUUUACCCCAAAAUUGACGCUUCAAAGAUGGAGCUGUCGUUAAAAGAUACACAGCACAACGCGUUUACCGACAUUCCCCUUCUGCUCGAGGUAUCUCGUCUUCCACCUACAUCUCCAUCGCUGGUUGAGCAAAAUUUUGGAACUCUAAGCGGAAGAAAAAUUGAAAGAGCGGUUGACAACAUCAUGGUCGGAGUACUGGGAUUGGUUUUCCACAACAAAACUCGUGCACUCAAGACCAUAGGGCGAGAUCAAAAUAUUGUUGUUGUACACAAUGACCUUCGGGGAUGUAAAUAGCUCAACAUAAUUUUAUUCUAAAGAAAUGGAUAUGUGCUACACUCCUCUAAAUGGUGC